AUGUCGGACGACCCCUGGGACGAAGAUCCCCACUACGCCCAACAGGCUGAUUGGCAAAGCAUAUCCACUCAAUUCACCAACUCCGGCUAUAGAGAAGGCAUCAUCGCCGGUAAAGAAGCUGCUUUACAACAGGGCUUCGAUGUCGGUUUCGCCGACGUAGGUGCCCCGAUCGGUCGCGAACUGGGUGCUCUACGGGGGAUUGCCUCCGCUCUAGUCUCCUUCCUGUCAUCCACAAACACUAUCCCAGUGGAGAUCGAGGAGGCUCGCGACAUCGCAGCCUCCCUUUCCCACGUACGUUUUACCGAUAUUGUGCCACCAGACAUGGAAGCCGAACAACACGCACGCGAGCAUCUUCAAGAUGACGAUCCAGGUCUUGCACAAACUGAAGCGCUGUCACAGAAACGAGAAAUGGAAAUGUUGGAAGACAUGUUGUCUCACAUGAAUGCUAAUGGAGGAAUUCAGCAAGUGAGACCUACCCGCGAGGAUGUCGUAAAGUUAAAGGGACGUUUGUCUUCGUUGAGCGAAAGGCUUGGGAUAAGCCUGUCGUUUCAAGACUUCGACACCGAUACCUAA